AUGCUCUCCUUCUUCAACUGGGGUCCCAGCCCAAGCCCAACCACAGACUCAAAAUCGACGUCUUCAGCACCCUCCCAACCAGACUCCAUCUCCGGAUCAACCGGACCGCAACCACAGCCGCAGCCAACGCAAUUGCAACCACAAAAACAUCUCACGAACCUCAAACUCCUCUUCGGCGGUGUGACCUUCUUCACCCUCUCGCUGCUCAUCACCCGCCGCGCCUUCAGCAAGCGCGUUAUCGCCUCCACACCGCCCUACUGGACGUCGUCGGUGUACCACCGGCCCCCCGUCAACGGCGCGGGGGACGCUUUCGAGGCUCUGAGCCUCGCGACGCUGAAUGUGUGUUCGUUUGCGAUGAUGGCUACGGGCGGUGUGCUUUAUGCGCUUGAUAUCAAUAGCGUGGAGGAUAUGCGGCGGUAUGUGAAGAAGGAGAUGGGGACGGGGACGGUGCGGGAUGAGGAGGUGGAGAGGGAGGUGGAGGAGUGGGUGACCAAAGUGUUGGGGGAGAAGUUCGGGGUGGAGUUGAAGAAGGAGAAGGAGGAAACAGCAAAUGCUGAAAAGAAAGGGGAGUAG